UGAUGAGAUGUUCCGUGUGUUUCAGCUUCAGGAGGAGCUGGUUCAGAUCGAUAAGGGCAACACUCAGCUGAAGCUCAGCGUCUCCGAGCUGAGGCUCAAACUGAGGACCAGAGACAAGGAGAUGCACAAGGAGGCGCAGAAGCUGAAAGACCUAGAGACACAUCUCCAGCGGCUCAAGGCAGACCUCCAUAACUGUGUGGGCUUCAUCCAGGAGCCCAAGAAACUGAGGGACAGCAUGCAGAUGAUCUACGCCCGAUAUGUAGCUGACGGGGUGGAGCAAAGCGGCGUAGAAGAAGAAAUUCAGAGGGCUUUCUGUCGGCAGCGUGAUCACCUGGAGAAAACUGUCAACGGGCUCAAGACCAGGCUGGCCAAAUCUGCUGAGCAGCAUGAGCAGGUCUACGUCAAGAUCAUGAAGGAGAACGUUGGUCUGAUCACUGAAAUCAAUGAGCUGCGUAAGGAGCUGCUUCUGCAGAGAACUCAGGUCAAAGACUACAAAUCCCAGCUGUCCGUCUUAAAGAAGUCCAAGAGGGCGCGUCCUAACUCUGAAGAAGGGACGAAAAAAGUAGUCUCAGCGUGAAGAGAGAAACUCAGAGACUCCCAACUCUCCCGUCAAUGAUUUGCAUUUGUUAAGCUUGUAUUAUAUGUAUAAGAUUGAAAUGUGUCUUCAUCA